ACUGGGGAUUUGCCUCUCUUCACUUUCGAGAUGCUGGCAACUGCCACAUAAAUAUCAUAUGCUGUAUUAAGUGUUCGUUUUUCCUCAUUUGUUAGUGUUGUGCGUGGUGAUAUUCUGCCAAGUUUUUAGAAGGUAAUGGAUGGGAAGGACAUCCAAUCAGAUCUUCAUGCCCUUCAAAGACUCUACGGGCUUCUCAAAAAAGAUGGAGACGAAGCUUCGGACUCCGGCUCUGAUUCGCUAGAUGCGCACACUCGGAUUUUCUUAAAGAAUCUUUUGGAUGUGGCGACUAAAAGAGUCCUCAAGCCGAAACAUAUCUCUUUUGUUGAGGUCCAAUGCAAGAUCCGUCAAGCCGAAACAUCAGGGGCACUUUCUCCUGCUCGGCUUCAGCAACUAGAUGAGGCAGCCUCCGAGGAACGGCCUACAACACGUUCAAGAUUGUCAAUAGCCGUGGAAGGUGAUCAAAGUUCUGAUGGCAGACUCACUCCUGAAUGGAGUCAAGCAGGUGCCAUGGAACAAUCAAUUCAUAGAGUGCCUUCAAUUGGACAGAAACGUUGCAGGAUUUGUCAAAGGAACACUGUCAAACAACUUGGAUCCACAGGGGCGACACAUUUUCACGAAGUGGCUCGGAACUCAAACACAUAUGCUGAUCAUCAGUAUCGGCAGAACAGUGUAGGGAUUCGUGAGAAGGAAAUUGUAUGGUUAUCAAGAAACAUGUCAGAUGAUUCAAAGUGUGAGAAGCGGAGGCAAAGACCGUCUGACUUGAACAUAAUUGGAGGUGCAGACAUUUCACCUGAUAGAAUGGCAACUGACAUCUCAAAAAUGUGUCAUUCUAAUAUGGAAACCAUCAGUAAACCUGAGGAACCUGACUGCUUAUCUCAAGAAGCUUCCAAAGCGAUCCAGCAGAUUGAAUUAUGUAUGUCAGCAUUGCGUAUGGGAGAAGAUCGAUUGCACUUGUUUGAGACGACUUCUUCUACUCAGCAGCAGCAUCGUGUUCCAGAAACAGAGUCAGCCGUGCAGACAGAAUACGAUGCAGCUCCAAGCGUUGGUGCAAGCUUAGGUGAAAAUCUGAUGACCAGAAAAAAUUUGUUGUGUGAAAUUUCAGGCCAAAGGGUUAUGGAUGAUAUCGUCUAUCCAGUGCAGCAAGUGCCUAGAACGACAGCCGAAGUGGGAAACCAACCACAUUUGCCCAACAGUUAUAUGCCUAGCGGUGUUGCACUAAUUCCAAAUCAGACAUCCUAUAUUACACCCUGUUGGCCAGCCACUUCUUCUGCUUCUAACAUUGAGAGUCCUUAUCAAAGCCGGACUGUUGUGGAGGAAGAAGAAAGCAAGCCAUCAUUCAGCUUCAUGAAUCCAAAAAACCACCCACCUCUCAUAAAUAAGAAAGCGAUUCACCUUUUAGCAAGCUCAAGCUUCCAUGAAAACCAGUCGGAUGCACGGGAUAAGGACAUUCACCAGACAGCUGGAGGAAGGACUUCUUUGCAGAAUCUAGAAUCAGACGGUACAGCUACUAACUCCUACUCCAGCUGGAGCAGUCAGCAAACAAGCAGUCUUGAUAGCAAUAGUGAAGAUGAUUCGGUGACAGAUGGGGGUAGAGAGCAUCAGUAUGUUACUUGGAGUAAAAGCAGUGGAAGUUGGGAUACCCCUCUGUCUAAUGGAAGUGGGAGCCACAACAGCCGUUAUAGGAGCUACAGCGACGAAGAGGUUUACUCCUCAUCUAGCGGAGAGGGAGCUCGUGAAGUAGCUGCCAGUAGCAGCAGUAGAAAUGAGGAGUAUUCAUCGUAUGAACAACCAAUCCGAGGUCAUGUGAGGCCCAUGCACUCCACAUCAAAGAAAUCAGGCCUCAGCAGGGUCGAGAAAGCUUAUGGCAUCAACCUCAAAAAGCAAUCUGGGAUACUGAAGAGGCUGAAAGAUAGGCUGGCAGUAGUCUUCCACCACCACCACCACCACCAUCACCACCACCACCACCACCACCACCACCAUAAUCGUGGUGAUCGUACUAAUGAUGAGACAAAUAUGAGCUGUAGCUCGUCCUUUGACAAGCACAAAGGGAAAGCCAUAAGUCCUAAAAGACAAGAUGAGGCAUAUGGAGGAGCAAAGGCUGUGGAAAAGGUUGGAAAAUCCAAGAUUGGUGAGAAAAGGCGGCAGAGCCAUUUCCGUGGGCUGAUGGGAGGUCUGGUGAGGCACGUUCGACACUCAAAGCAGUCGAAACGGACUAGUGAGCAUGGGCCGAAGAGGACAGUGAAGAAGUCUCACUGGUGGCAGCUGCUGCAACAGCAUCAACGGUCCAAGUUGCCUGCGAAAGCUCUUUUAAAGCUUGGACCAGGUAAGAAGAAAGCCUGCUUAAAAGCUCUCCCAAAAUGAUACCGCAUUUAGCUACUAAAAAAUCAGAUUAUGUGAUCAUAGUUAUGUACUUAUGAGUUACAUGUAAAUUGUAUGAUCAUAGCUAUUUGUAGGCCCAUAGAUUUGUAAAUGCUGACUUAGUAGUACCUUUUUUAAAUCUUCUGUGAAGCGUGGUAGUUUUGUCAUUGUCGGCUAGUUAUAUUUUUUUGCCCCUUUUCAUUUUUGGAUUAUUUGCUUGAUAAGAGUAAAGAGAUGAGGAAGGUAGAAUUUGAUAUGGCAACCAUACUUUCAAGUGUGGCAUAUAAAAUACACAACUUAGUAUUUAAACUAAUGUAGCAACUCCGUCCAAUUUUCGGUGAGGACAAUAUGGGAAUUUUUCAUAUGUGGCAAAAAUGGGACCUGCUGGCAUCUACGAGUCGUCCUGUUGGAAAGAAUUUUGAAUGGCGCUGUUUUGAUCAGCGUAUUGAAUGUCAAAUGUCGCGCCAUUUUCAUCCCUAAUUUUACAUUGCCUUUGUUGUUAACCUUUUUUCUGAUCUUUCCCCAAAUUAAAAGCGAAGCUUCGAUUCUUGUCGGAGUUUGUCAAUAAAGGGCUGCAUAUGCAACACAUUAAGCUGAGUUCAAGUUGACAGUUCAAGAUAUGAAGCAGGAAAGUGUUGGUGCAUUUGAAGAGUUCAUGGCAAGAGACACUUCAAAAUUCUGUUUUUCCGCCUCUUGCGCUUCUCCUUCAGGAAGUUGGAUUGCUUCUAUGUUUCCUUUUUCUUUUUCUUUUUAUUUCUUGUGGCUACUUUAAUUGACUGUUAACUAAUUUAUGUUUGUUGUGUUAAUUAGUUUUCUUGACAUUUCAGAUUUGUGGAUGCAGUAGCUGAUUUUAAUUUGAGUACUAAUCGGAUGUUCAAAUAUCUUCCUGAAUUUGGUGAAUUAAAUUUGGAUUUUUAGGUAUUAUGGAGGAACAUUAUCUGAUAAAAUGUUGGGAAAGCAUUGAAGGCUUUGGGAGUAGCUAGAAAUGAGUUACAUUGUGUCGACAAAAUGUGGAAGGUACAAAGAAGGUUUCGAUUUUAGUGCUGAAAGAGUGACGAGGAGCAUUGAUGAGAGCCUGGAGAGGUUGCAGCUUGAUUAUGUAGAUACCCUGCAAUGUCAUGAUAUAGAAUUUGGCUCACUUGAUCAAGUUCCAUUUUGUUUUUAUCUAUGUAUGCUUGAAGAUUAAUUGCUUGAGGUGAUAUUGUUUGGAUCGCAUAGAACAGGGAACUCGAAAACUGAGGCUUGCUAUUAUGUGCUGUUUCUCAAUGACAGCCUGCUGAUGCAUAAAUUAUGUCCUUAGUCAAAUAAGGUUUCUUAUCUGAUUGCAUGACAUGUCUAAUUUCAACUGAGAAAUGUCUCUUGGAAGCUGUGUAAUCUUAUUCUUUCUUUAUAAUUAAAUAUGGGUGUUCGAGGUGAGGUUAUCUUCUGAUCCCAUUGUCUGUUGAUUUAAACGUUUUGAGUUGGUUUUCUGUGUGCAGAUUGUGACUGAGACCAUUCCUGCACUUGUUAAAUUGAAGGAAGCAGGAAAGGCUAAAUUCACUUAUGUUCUGGAUAGAGUUCCACCUGGAACAGUUGAUGUAAUCCUAUCAUAUUGUCACUACGGUGUAAAUGACUCCACUUUGGAGGAUCUCAUCCCUUAUUUGAAGAGCAAGGCUUCCGUGGAACUCAAGGCUGCAUGUCAAGAUGCUGCUGCUUAUUGUAAAGAGAAAGGAAAGAAUAUAUCUAAACUAUCUUUGCAAUACAGCUUAUCAAAUAAAGAUAUUUCUAUCUUGGUUGGGAUGAAUUCAGUCACACAGGUUGAUGAAAAUGUAGAGCUGCAAUAGAAGUUGCAACAUUUGGGAAGGAGAGAAAGCCAUAUCAGAGAUUGAAGAAAUUCUGAAGCCUGUGAAAAAUAAGACAUGGCCUUAUCCAUCCAUAAAUUGCUGAAAUCCCUUUCCAUUUUAUUCGUCUAUUAUUCAUUGGUUGUAAGUAUGUAUCGUUUUUAAUUCUAUUUAUGUAAUGUUAAAACGGUUGCUGCUUGUAGCAUUCACGAUACAGACAAUUUGUUGAGUGAAUUGCUAACGCAAUACCAGAACAUGUAUCCGUUUCUAAAUCAUUGAUAUAUCAAGCAAUCUGCAUAAAGGAGAGAGAGCUUCUUCCUUUA